AUGAAUCUCCUUCCGACAGCGACCCCUGUCCUCCCCAUGGAGGAUAGUUUAAUAUCCAUGGGAGAUGAAAGCAUGACCGGCUUAGAGCCGGAGCCGGACGAAUCGCAGACCUCUUCACAGUCGGGAUGUAGGUUUGGUUUCUUGACCUUCAACCUGUUUCUCAUUUUUAUGCUCUCCGUAUUGAUUCUUGUAUUGUUUUAGGUGAGACGCCAAAGAGAAAAAAGAAUCUUGAACUCGGUAGAUUGGUUACAGACAACGCUAAUCUUCAUACAAGUCCGGCGGAUCUUAUUGAAUAUGAAUGGCCGUUGAAUUCUGGUGACAAAUAUUUUCUUCAGGUUUGUGUUUUGAGUUUAUCUUAUUCUUGGUAUAGGAACAAAUCGCAGAAAUGUUAGAUGUGAAGUCAUUCAAACGGAAGUACCCUAACAUACCUAGAAGAACGAUUGAAGGGAGCGAAAGGCAAUAUCUGUUCAAAGAAUUGGAGAUCGGAAAAGUGAUUCCUCUUCAUCUCCAAAAUUUAUUGACGGCCUUAGAAUCAGAUGCCGUUUUGAAUCUGCUGGCUGCCGAAUAUGUUGAAUACUUUACCGAAUAUCAAAGAGUGUUGUUAGAGAGAAGACAAAAGGAGUUAAUUCAACGGCAAACGGAUGUCAAGAUGAUCCAGGUGGACGCCACAAAAUUGGCUGAAUUAAGGAAACAGGCAUUGAAGAAUGCUUCGGAAGUAAAUGAACACAUGCAGAAUUGUCGGAGGAACGAGAGAAGACAUUUCUUCGAUGUUCAGACAUUUGUGAGUCUUUCUUAUCGGAGAUUUAUAUUAUUUUAGACGAUGCAAUGUCCAAAGAACAAGACCAAGCGACUUCCCAAAGAGUUUACUCGUGUUUCUCCGUAUCCAGUGGCUUUGGUGCAAUCUCAGUUCCAAGAGUAUUAUAAAAAGUAUGUUUUUUUUGUAUUUUUGCAUUUAAUUUUUAGGUUUGAACCAGAACAAUUGAAUCGAUUGCCGUUGAAUACGAUUAUGGACAGCAGUCAUUUGUUAUACCCAGCUAAAGAACCCUCGCCCCUACCUAUUCAUGUGUCAGAAGACGAAAUCCGGAAGAUGCAGCCUCCACCGAAGGUAAUAUAUUAUUUUAGGUAGCUAUUAAUAAGUUUUUGAUUUAAUUUUGGUAAAUGUUUCAGCAGGAAGUCCCGGAGACUCCGACAACAAAGUCCGCGCGUCUAGCCAACAAACGAUUGGAAAGAAAUGUACAUCCUUAACCUUUUGCUUUAACUUUGGGUGGUUUUGGUGCUUUCGGAUCCAAAAUAUUUGUCUCCAAAUUAAAGAUAGGCUCUAGUCUCUGUGUGGAUCACCGUUGAUUUAUAUUUUGAUAGCAUUUCCUUGGCUUAUUUCGGGAGUAAAAUAUAAAUACUUGCUCAAAACUCAUUGGUUCUCUUGAUUUUAUAUGAUUUUAGCUUCUCCGCCUGUGUAAUCGUUGUAACUCUAGCCAGGAGAGUGAGGAUCCCUUGUAUAGGAUGCUUAAAUGUACUCAUUGUCAAGCCUUUUCCCAUCCCAAAUGCGCGGAGAUGACAGUGGAGAUGGUGCGUGUGGUCAAGACUUAUCCGUGGUGCUGCAUCGACUGCAAAACUUGCAACGUCUGCAACAAACCGGAUGAAGAAGUGGGUCUUUUACAUUUUCCUUUUUAUUUUUUGGGGUGGCGGAAUAUUUUUUGUGGAAAAAUUUUGGUUAAGAUAGGUUUCCCCAUAUUCUUUUGAUUAAUUUUUCUAAUUUUUGUUGAUUUGAAGGCUUCGAUGAUGUGUUGUGACUUGUGUGAUCGUGGCUAUCACACCUUCUGUGUUGGUCUCAACAAACCCCCAAGUGGCAAUUGGCUCUGUGCGAUCUGUCGCAACUCCAAGAAAUGA